CGGGUCUGCAGGGUGGGAGGAGGAAGUGGCUGUGCAUCCUGAGUGCAGCUCUUUGUUAUUGUUUGAGCCGUGAGUGCUGGGUCGGUGGGGGAGUGCAGGGCAUGUUCUUCUGGGCCAGUAGCUGCACUUCAGUUUGUGCUCCACCAAUAUGAAGAAUGGAAGAAGAUGAGGUGUCCAUCAGGGAGCAGAACUUUUACAGCCAAGUUAGAGAGUGCAUAAUAUGUUUUCUCUUGUUUGCCAUUUUAUACAUUGUGUCUUACUUCGUCAUCAAGAGAUAUAAAAGGAAAGGAGAUGAACAAGAGGAUGAAGAUGCGACUGUCAAUCGAAUCUCGCUUUUCUUGAGCACCUUCACACUUGCAGUUUCCGGAGGGGCAGUUCUUCUUCUGCCAUUUUCAAUAAUCAGCAAUGAGAUCCUCCUGUUUUUCCCCAAAAGCUACUACAUCCAAUGGUUAAAUGGCUCCCUCAUCCAUGGUUUGUGGAACCUGGUUUCUCUCUUUUCCAAUCUCUGCCUUUUUCUUCUCAUGCCAUUUGCCUUUUUCUUCCUUGAAUCAGAGGGCUUCGCUGGACUUAAAAAGGGAAUCAAGGCUCGCAUCUUAGAGACCAUAGUCGUGCUCAUUCUUCUUGCUCUGCUUAUCUUUGGCAUCGUAUGGGUGGCAUCUGCUCUGAUUGACAACAGCUCCGCAAGCAAAGAAUCAUUAUACGACCUCUGGGACUGUUACCUGCCGUAUCUAUAUUCCUGCAUUUCACUAAUGGGAUGCCUCCUAUUGCUCCUAUGUACCCCGGUGGGCCUGUCUCGCAUGUUUACAGUCAUGGGCCAGCUACUGGUGAAACCAACCAUCCUGGAAGACAUCGAUGAGCAGAUUUACAUGAUACAUUUACAGGAAGAAGCACUGCAACGGAAACUAAAUGGAAGAAAUUAUACGCCAGAUUACAGCACGAAGAAGAUUGAACACGACCUCCUGAAUGCCAGGUCCAUGAAAUCUAAAUUAGAAAGACGCAAAAAUGCUUCCGCCUGGCAAAGGAACUUGGUGUAUCCAGCCGUCAUGAUACUUCUCCUCAUUGCAACAUUUUCCUCCGUCAUCUUGGUUUCCUUGAACAUUCUGCGUCUACUGGUCGAUGAGACGGCAAUGCCAAAAGCUUCCAAGGGAUCCGGUUUUGGGGAUGCCUCGCUUUUCACAUUUGGAUUUGCUGGAGCAACGCUUGAAAUUAUCUUGAUUUUCUAUCUCAUGGUUUCUUCUGUCGUCGGCUUCUAUAGCCUGCGCUUUUUUAGCAGUUUCACUCCCAGGAAGGAUGACACGACGAUGACAAAGGUCAUUGGGAACUGUCUGUCCAUCCUCGUCCUGAGUUCCGCUUUGCCAGUCAUGUCCAGAACAUUAGGAAUCACCCGAUUCGACCUACUGGGGGACUUCGGAAGGUUUAAUUGGCUGGGGAACUUCUACAUCGUGGUCUCCUACAACCUGAUGUUUGCGGUCGUCACGACAUUGUGCCUGGUCAGAAAAUUUACGUCUGCUGUACGAGAAGAGCUUUUAAAGGCAAUAGGUUUAGACAGACUUCAGUUGUCGAAUGAGUCGAGUGAUUCGCCAUCCCCUAAUGGUCACCAGAAAUCGCUGUGAUGCGGGACUGAAUCCGGUGACAUUCCGCUUACUUCUCCGGGGCUGGGGCAAAGAAUUGUGUCAGGCCGGGUGCUGGCACUUUUUGCUAUUGGGAUAAGAGCGAUGUAGCUGUCACGGGGGGCACGAAAAUCCGACAAGGCAUUUGGACCAACGUAUCACAAUUCCAUGUGUCCUCUGUCCAAUUUGCUAUAGAAUGUAAAUUGUACAGGGCCACCCGAUGGCCAGUGCUGUAGAAUUUAUAUCAUCAGGUUGGUCGAGGCUGAGUGAUGACAUCAUAGUUUGGUGCCCAACGUUGAGCCACACAGGAGCUGAAUUGAUUGGCCCUUUGUGUUCCUGUUGUUGGUAUUAGACAACAAGAGGGUGGCACAUGCAAAGUGCUCUACGCCCAGGCUAUCAUUGAAAAAGAACCUGGCACUGGACUUUCCCGCUAUGCAAUGCCACCCACAUGAAAACAAUGGCGGGGGGCUGGUGCUAGAAGUAGUAGUACACAUGGAAGUAACGUCUGGGAAUACAAAGGGCUACUACUGAAGUUGCACGGAGCUGCCGUAUAUUUGGCUUCUGUUGCAAUUCUGUGGUUUUUCGUUCACGUUUGGGCCACAUGCCACUUGGGCCUAGGUUGUUUGUCCCUGUAUCAGUUAAAAGGGAACCCCGGACAGAUAUAGUCUUAAAAAUACAUAAUUGCAGCCAAGGAAAGGCAGUUUUUGGGGUGCUAGCGGUCCCAGGACUAUAUGGGGCAUGCCUGGAGUCCGAAAGGCUGUCAAUCUGUGGCUGCUUUAAUUCUGCACUGGUUACUGAUGUCUGGAUUCCAUCAUCCAGAACAGGGGUCCCCAACUGGUGCCGCAGACAGUUGUGAACUGGGGCGCCGAGCCUAGCGACCAAUUAACGCGGCGCGCCGAAUUGGACGCCGACCCCCCCCCCAAAAAAAAUUGCCUCUACACCGGUCCCCGGCCCAAAAAAGUUUGGGGACCCCUGAUCCAGAACACACAGUCUUACAUGUACUACUCCUAUAUGACUUGGCAGCAUCAUAUCACCUCUGUGGAACACUCUUUCUUUAAUCUUGCCCCCCCCCCUUUUUUCUUUAAUAUAUCAGGAUAUAGCCAGCCCGCUGCUACCUGCCAUGAAUAUUUAGUUGCUGAACAUCAGGUCUUGUGUGUAUUUUUUUUAUAUGAUAUAUACAAUGAGCUUUCUGUACUCAUGAACCAUAGCUUGGCUUGGGGUAUAGAGUGGGCCCCUAUCUCUGUUACUGUGAAUAUCCCGGUGUGAGUGUGACUAUAAACCUGGAGAUCACUCUUGUGUUUGUGUUUAUUAUUGGCUACUGAGGGUUUUAAUCUCAUUUUUGUAAUAGCUUUUGUAUUAUUGUGCAGCCGUUGCCAUGCUGUGGCCCUUUAACUCCCAGAAGCCUUUGGCACGCUGGGAGUCAAGAGUUGCACAUCCAUUUCUUAUCCAUUGAAGCUUUGAUAAAGCGCUCGUACGGGCGAUUAUUUCUUAAGAAAAGUUCUGAAACCCUUGUUUUUUUUUAACCUAGAAUAUUGCAUUCUUCUGACAUAGUUUCAUAUUUGUUUGGCACUUUGUUGAGUUAAACGGAGGUGUUUACAUACGAACUGCUCUUUUAUUUCAUCUAUGCACAUGGGGAUACGACGGCAAUAAGGGGCUUUGUUUUAUUUUACCCUCGGUUUUAUUUUUAUGUGAUCGCCUUUUAAUUACCAGGGUGGUAUGAUCCAUGUUAAAGGAACCUUCGUGAUUCCACGUACGGUGGCGGAAAAGAGCACUUGGGUUAUAUAAGAUUUAGUUAGUUAUGGCGUCGCAGUAUUAUGUAUUUAGUAGGGAUGCACCAAAUCCACUAUUUUGGAUUCAGUCGAAUCCCCAAAUCUUUUGUUAAAGAUUCGGCUGAAUACCGAAAUUUGCAUAUGCAAAUUAGGGACAGGAAAGAAAAAAGUGGGAUAAUCUUUUUAACUUCCUUGUUUUGUGAUGAAAAGUCAUGUGAUUUCCCUUCCCGUCCCUAAUUUGUAUAUGCAAAUUAGGGUUUGGUUUGGCUAGGCACAAGGAUUCGGCCGAAUCCUGUUAAAAAGGCCAAAUCCCGAACUGAAUCCUGGAUUCGGUGCAUCCUUAGUAUUUAGGGCGCACAGGUGGUGGUGGAUCUAGAUAUGCAGUAAACAGGGAUCUUGUAAUGCUCCUAAAUAUGUUGGAAAGGGAAAAUUCACCUGCUGAUUACUAUUGGGGUAAUAACCCCCCGCUGGUGAAUAUUUGAAGUCACAGUCACCAUAUAAAGGAGAGGGGCCACCACGGUACUUGAUCCAUUCCUCUUCACGACUUGUCUCGUUGCGAUAUCAUCAACUGCAGCACUCAAGUCCCGACACCACCAGUAGUCUUUUAGAUAAUGGAAGUGAUCGUUGUACUGGAAGUCAACAUUUGGGGAUUUCUGCUUUAGAUAUUGCAGCUCCCUUUGUUGGGCUUCUCUGCUUUACAGCUGUUACUUCCUCCUCUGGAAUUAUAUCAGGAUUUGGCACUAGCGUGUCGUUCAUGAGGUCCAAGUCAAGUCAGGGUAUAAGCGCAACAUACUAAGGGAACACUAAAUCAGCCCAUUUCACUACCCAUGUGCUGGGCCAAUGGGAUCAUACUACGGGCCCACAGAGAUCCAUUGGGAGAGGACGUAUCAACACAUAGAUGUGGUCCGUGCCGAAUGGAUUUUUCAAAUCCAUCAGACGCCAUUCACAGGCAGUUGGUGACUCGGCUCCUCCAUACAAAGUGUCAGAUUUUAUUAGCUCAAGUAUGGUCAGCUUCCUCAAGGCAGGUCUUCAUUCAAGGGAUCUUUUAUGCGUUGUAUGCAGGUGCUAGGUGCUAUUCGCGGGAGGCAUGUGUAGGUGCAGCUACCUUUGUACAGCAGGAUUCUGCAAUCACACCAUAGAGAUUCCACAAGGAUGAUGGCCCCCUCGAGCUGGGAGGUUGGUUUACUUUGUGAACAUUUUCGUGCUGGUUUUUUUUUUUAUUUCUACCUCCUCCACACUUGGGGGUUUGUUACAAAAUGUCCUAUCAGCAAUUCAUAUAGCGAAAGCUUAGACCAAAACCUGAACUGUGUGAGACGAGUACGUCGACUUGUAUUUGCGAAGUUUAUUUUGUAAUACAAUUUUAUCGAAAGUGAGUUCAGAAUGAAUUUAAGCCAUAGACGCAAAGAUCCGAUCGUUCGAAUCCUCAAAUGAUCGGACUUUCCCAUCUCCCGACCUGCCACUAACCUUUCAGAUCAAAUAAAGUAGAAAAAGAACAGAAGAGCCGAUGUUCUGCCCCUGACAGCAAUCGUACGAAAGUUAUGUCCAACAAAGCUGGUGAAAUCGCCCACUGAAAAUCGUACGAUCGGCAAUACUUAUUAUAAUAUUAUAUAAUACAUAUUAUCGGCCGCCGACAGGAAUCUUUUAACCUGUCCGAUUGACCAAACGACUGAUCUCCGUGGGACGAAAAAUGUAGGGACUCUCCACCACCGGUCCGAAAAUCGUACGAAUCCUCGAUUCUUAUGAUCGGAUCUUUGCGUCUAUGGCCAGCUUAAAUCUCGCUGGACAAAAGUGCAAAAGAUUUUUAUUUCUUUGUCCGGCGUCGGCAAAGGGUAUUUUUCAAGACUGAAAUGUGAACAAGAUCACUUGCGGUAGUGGUCUGUAGUCUCCGUUUAGUGCGUUGCAUUUUGUGUGCGUUGUACUGGAAAAAGUUUAUUUGUAUUUUUGUAAAUGUGUAUAUCGAUCAAUAAAAAAAAUGUUUUUGUUAACAGA